UUGAAUUAUUUUCAGCAGGAUUGUGGACUGUGAUAAAUGCCGUAGUUGCUCUGCAUGCGCUGUUGUUGGCUAACAUUUUUAGCAACAAAGCUAAGUUCUGCGCACCAUGCCGAAGAGGAAAGUAACAUUUGAGGACGGGAAUGGAGAGUUUGACCUGGAAGACGACCUCCCAAACAAAAAGAGUUGUGAGGCUGUCAGUGGACCAGGCUCCAGGUUCAAGGGUAAACAUUCCCUUGAUAGCGAUGAAGAGGAUGAAGGUGAAGACACAAACAGCAGCAAAUAUGAUAUUCUAGCCAGCGAUGAUGUGGAAGGUCAAGAAGGAGCAACAAUCGACUUUGAUGAGGGAGUUUCUAUUACACCUUUCAACCUGGAAGAGGAGAUGCAGGAAGGACACUUUGACUCAGAGGGAAAUUAUUUCAUCAAAAAGGAACAACAGAUUAGAGACAACUGGCUUGACAACAUUGACUGGGUGAGAAUAAAAGAGCAACCUUUCAAACAGAAGAAGAAAGGUCUUGGAGCCAAACGGACACGCAGAGCCGGUGAUGAGGAUGAGGCUGAGGAAGAGAAAAAGAGAGAAGAGCAGCAGGCAGACCGAGAAAAUGAGGAAGAGGAGGAGGAGACGGAGCCUGCUGAGGACCCCCUGGCAUCCUACACACAGCACCAGCUCACAGAAGCUGUGGUCGAACUGCUGCUACCUGGGGAGACAGUCGCUGCUGCCCUCCGUCGGCUAGGAGGCCUUAGAGGACGGAAGAAGGGAAAGCUGAGAGGAGAGAGUGAACCCACAGAGGAGGCCAAAAGGGAUACAGAAAAGCUUGAAAAGCUCACAGCUCUAGCUGACAGACUGGUUGGAUCUGGGAUGUAUGAAAUCUACCAGCAAACCUAUGAAAAACUGGCCUAUUUGAUGAAGAGCAUGACCAGCAAGAGACCAGCUGUGGGGAAGAAAUCCAGUGGUGAUGGUGACGAGGAAGAAGAAGAUGAACUGGACAUGUUUGCAGAUAAAUUUGAUGAGACGCAUGGUGGUAGAUCAGAGGAUGAAGACAAAAGAGUGAGCGAUGAAGUGAUGUGGGAGUACAAAUGGGACAAUGAGGAUAAUUCAGAAAUCUAUGGCCCCUUCACCAGUCAGCAGAUGCAGGAUUGGGUGGAUGAAGGCUAUUUCAGCAGUGGUGUUUACUGCAGGAGGGUAGACCAGGAGGGAUCUCAGUUCUACAACUCCAAGAGACUAGACUUUGACCUCUACACAUGAUUUCUGUUCAGCCUUAAACGAUCACAGCCAUCAUGGUCACUGUCACCAAUCGUGUUUUUGCCCCUCAACCCCCCCCAAUGUCUGAUCUAUCAUUUUAACAGGGACUUUGUUUUCUGUACGUUGUUUUUAAAUAAAUAACUCAUGUAUGUGGUGUUUCUAUCA